UAGUGGGUGGUCCUCUGCAAGCAGCCUUCACGUGGCUCUAGCGAGCGCCGAGCCGCCACACCGUCAGUCCAGUGCGGCAGCGGCAGGAGGCAGCAGCAGCAUGACCGUGGAGAUGGAGCCUGCGGACGUGAUCCGUCUGAUCAUGCAGUACCUGAAGGAGAACAACCUCUACCGAACACUGACAACCCUACAGGAGGAAACCACAGUCUCCCUGAACACAGUGGAAAGCAUUGACAGCUUUAUUGCAGAUAUAAACAGAGGCCACUGGGAUUCUGUCCUGCUGGCCAUUGAGUCUCUCAAGCUGCCUGACAACACACUGAUUGAUCUUUACGAGCAGGUUGUGAUGGAGCUUAUUGAAAUGCGGGAAGUUGGCGCCGCUCGGUCCCUCCUCAGACAGACGGACCCGAUGAUCAUGUUGAAGCAGACCCAGCCGGACCGCUACAGGCAUUUGGAGAGCUUGCUGACAUGCACCUACUUUGACCCUCGUGAGGCGUACCCAAAAGGCAGCAGCAAGGAGAAGCGGCGCAGAGCGAUAGCCGAGGCUCUGGUGAGCGAGGUCAGUGUGGUUCCUCCUUCUCGCCUCAUCGGCCUCCUGGAACAAGUCGGCUCGUUGAGACUGCAGCAGUAUCCAGGCCAUCUCUCCCCUGACAUAAACAUCAACACAUCUGGCAGCAAAGAGCGGCUGGUGGAGAAAGAAAGCUACCCGACGCAGCUGUACCGCCACAUCAAGUUUGGUCGACGGUCACAUGUUGAAUGUGCUCGUUUCUCACCCGACGGAAAGUAUUUGGUGACUGGAUCAGUUGAUGGUUUUAUUGAGGUCUGGAACUUCUACACGGGAAAAAUCAGCAAGGAUUUAAAGUAUCAGGCCCAGGACAGCUUCAUGAUGAUGGACGAUGCGGUGCUGUGCAUGUGCUUCAGUCAGGACACAGAUCUGCUGGCCACUGGAGCGCAGAAUGGCAAAAUAAAGGUGUGGAAAAUCCAGAGUGGCCUGUGCCUGCGCAGGUUUGAGCACGCUCACAGCAAAGGCGUGACUUGUCUGAGCUUCACGAAAGACAGCAGCCAGAUCCUCAGUGCCUCUUUUGACCAGACCAUCAGGAUCCAUGAGCUGAGGUCAGGCAAGACACUAAAGGAGCUAAACGGCCAUUCAUCAUUUGUAAACGAUGCGUCUUUCACUGGGGACGGAUCUCACAUCAUCAGCGCUUCAUCUGACGGCACGGUUAAGAUCUGGGAUGCUAAAUCCUGUGAAUGUAUCCACACCUUCAAGUCUCUGUCGAGAACAUCAGAUGUCCCGGUCAACAAUGUGAUUCCCAUCCCCCAAAACCCAGAGCACUUUGUGAUCUGCAACCACUCCAACACAGUGUUCAUCAUGAGCAUGCACGGUCAGAGUGUGAAAACCUUCAGCUCAGACAGAAAGGAGGGAGCAGACUUCGUGUGCUGCACACUGUCGCCCCGCGGGGAAUGGAUUUACUGUGUGGGGGAGGAUUUAGUGCUGUACUGCUUCAACUACACGACAGGGAAGCUGGAGAAAACGCUGACGGUUCAUGAGAAAGACGUAAUCGGCAUCGCUCACCACCCACAUGAGAAUCUGAUCGCCACGUACAGCGAGGACGGCCUGCUGAGGCUAUGGAAACCCUGAGCUGGCGGCUCCAUCGUCACGCUGAGGACCCAGAAGGACGCUCACAUGGUUAUGAAGCACUUUGU